UAUUCCAAUGUUUAGUUUUAGAAUCUUAAGAUCAUACGUCCUUGUAAUAUACUUUGAUUAGAAAGUCAUUUGUGUAAAAUAUUCUCACUUUAGUUCUUGCUCUGAUAAUACACACACGCAGUGUUCAUUGGUGGAGAAGUGCUGCCUGUGGUUUAGCCCUGCACUGCUGACCGUCCGUAACCCCGCCCCUUUAUGCAAAACCAAGAGACACACAGUCGUGGCUGAGGGAGCAGACGCGCUCUGAUUGGUCAGCGACAAACCCAUUUAUAUUCGCUGACAGUCGCUCUAUGAAUGGUUGUCUAUUAACUUGUUCAAAAAGUAUCAGGAGUUGACAAGGGCUCUGGCGAGGAGGGAAACCGAGUUUGUGUCGAUUCUUCAAGACUGAGAAAAUAAGUUUGUGGAACCAACAGGACCUAAUAGCGCUUACUUCCUCAGCAAAGUUACCAGAACUGCUAAGGUAACUUCAGCAGCCUCCACUUUGGACUUGUGGUGUGUUUUUUUGUUUUUAACUGCUGGUGGGGAAGACUAAAAAUCGUUUUAAAUGUACAACAUGAUGGAAACCGAGCUGAAGCCCCCGGCGCCUCAGCCCAACACGGGGGGCACGGGGAACACCAACUCAUCAGGAAACAACCAGAAAAACAGCCCGGACCGGGUCAAGAGACCCAUGAACGCCUUCAUGGUGUGGUCGCGGGGCCAGAGGAGGAAAAUGGCACAGGAGAACCCCAAAAUGCACAAUUCGGAAAUAAGUAAACGACUCGGGGCCGAGUGGAAACUUCUGUCCGAGAGCGAGAAGCGGCCGUUCAUCGAUGAAGCCAAGCGCCUUCGGGCUCUCCACAUGAAGGAACACCCGGAUUACAAAUACAGACCCCGGAGGAAAACCAAGACGCUCAUGAAGAAGGACAAGUACACCCUGCCGGGCGGGCUUCUGGCGCCGGGCGGCAACGCCAUAGGUGCCGGUGUGGGUGUAGGGGCCGGCUUGGGCGCCGGGGUCAACCAGAGGAUGGACAGUUAUGCCCAUAUGAACGGCUGGACCAACGGAGGCUACGGCAUGAUGCAGGAGCAGCUGGGUUACCCGCAGCACCCGGGACUGAACGCGCACAACACGGCGCAGAUGCAGCCCAUGCACCGCUACGACAUGAGCGCCCUCCAGUACAACUCCAUGACCAACUCGCAGACCUACAUGAACGGAUCGCCCACCUACAGCAUGUCCUAUUCGCAGCAAAGUACGCCGGGAAUGACGCUGGGCUCCAUGGGCUCGGUGGUCAAGUCCGAAUCCAGUUCGAGUCCGCCAGUGGUCACGUCGUCCUCUCACUCCCGGGCCGGACAGUGUCAAACGGGGGACCUGCGGGACAUGAUCAGUAUGUACCUGCCCGGGGCGGAAGUCCAGGAGCAGAGUGCCCAGAGCAGACUGCACAUGUCCCAACAUUACCAGAGCGCACCUGUGCCUGGCACGACGAUUAACGGCACGAUUCCCUUAUCGCAUAUGUAAAUGAACUUUUCUACACUGCUGGACUCCUUUGGACUAUUUUUGUACAGAACACUUUUUGGGGAGGGAAAAGUUGUAUAGAGCUCAAGGGAAGAACACAAAACUUUUGCUUUCUAUUUAAAAAGGAACGGUAGGAACUCCACACAGUUUGUCGUUCUGUUGUUCUUUUUCCUUUGCUUUGCAUUUUUUUUCCCCUUUUUCUUUCUUUCUUUCUUGAUUUUUUUUUAAUUCCAGAAGGUGUAUGCGAUUUGGAAAGUAGAAAUGGGAGAGAGUGAAGCAAAUGUUUUAUUAUUGCAAUCGACUUUUGUACAGUAUUUAUCAAAGAAACAUAAUAACACCAGAUGUAAUGUUUGUAAACAGCAGGAAGUUACGUUUUUAUAAAAGGCAAUUGUGCAAAAAAGAUGGCACAACAACUGAUGUUUACUGCUUCAGUAUAUGCUCCAAAAAAUCUGCAAACGCUGAAAUGAAAGAACGGGAUAAAAAGAGUUUCUCAUUUAAGGUACAUAGUAAUAAACCAUUAUUAUUAUUAUUAUUAUUAUUAUUAUUAUUAUUAAGUUCUAAAUGAGAGAACAAACAGAGGCACUCUCUUAGACCUUUGAUUUUAUUAUUUUCGGUCUCCCACUCUUCAUCUGUUAGGUAUAUGAAGUUUGUGUUCUUUAUUUUCUCAUGGUUUGUAAAAUUUCUGUACAUUUUCUGUGAUAUUUUAAGUUUUUAUUUUAAAACCUUCAUUUUUCGUAGUUGUAAAAUGUGGCCUGUACGCAGUUGCCAACGCUCCAUGUAUAUAUUUUAACUAAUAACAUCAUUAUAACAGU